AGGUGCACUGUGUCCCUCGGACACAGCGGAUCACCGAUCAACGGAAAGAGCUGAAGAUGUCGGCUCGGUCAUGUGAUCAGCUGUGACCAAUCACAGCUGAUCGCAUGGGGCAUGUACACUGAUCAUCAGGGCACUAAUGAUCAGUGUGCCCUGAUGGUCAGUGUAGCCCCAGCUGUGCCACCUGUCAGUGCUCAUCAGUGCCAGCUGUCAGUACUCAUCAAUGCCACCUGCCAGUGCCCAUCAGUGCCACAUAUCAGUUCCUACAAGUGCACAUCAAUGCCACAUAUCAGUGCCCAUCUGAGCUGCCUUUCAGUGUCACCUACCAGUGCCAGUCAGUGCCACCUAUCAAUGCCAGUCAGUGCCACCUAUCAGUGCUGCCAAUCAGUG